AUGGCUGAGAAGAGACACCCAACGAGAACUCAGUUUCCUGCAUCUGCUGAAUCUCAAAAACCCCACCUGAAAAAAGCUCCAGAGUUUCCUAUUUUGGAGAAACAGAAUUGGCUGAUACAUCUUCACUAUAUCCGGAAGGAUUAUGAAGCAUGCAAGGCUAUUAUCAAACAGCAGCUUCAGGAGACCCAGGGGCUAUGUGAAUAUGCUAUCUAUGUCCAAGCACUGAUAUUUCGCCUGGAAGGAAAUAUCCAAGAAUCCCUAGAACUCUUUCAGACAUGUGCUGUUCUCAGCCCUCAGUGUGCUGAUAACCUCAAGCAAGUGGCCAGAUCUUUAUUUCUUUUGGGGAAACAUAAAGCUGCCACUGAAGUAUAUAAUGAAGCAGCUAAACUUAACCAGAAAGACUGGGAGAUUUAUCAUAACCUAGGAGUUUGCUACAUUUAUCUGAAACAGUUCAACAAGGCACAAGACCAAUUGCAUCAUGCCCUACAUCUUAAUAGGCAUGAUCUGACUUACAUAAUGCUGGGGAAGAUUCACUUGCUGGUGGGAGACUUGGACAAGGCCAUGGAAAUCUACAAGAAAGCUGUGGAGUUCUCACCAGAAAAUACAGAACUUCUUACAACUUUAGGAUUACUCUACUUACAGGUUGGCAUUUAUCAGAAGGCAUUUGAACACCUCGGAAAUGCUCUAACUUAUGACCCUGUCAACUACAAGGCAAUCUUGGCAGCAGGCAGCAUGAUGCAGACCCAUGGAGACUUUGAUGUUGCCCUCACCAAAUACAGAGUUGUAGCUUCUGCUGUUCCAGAAAGUCCUCCACUUUGGAAUAACAUUGGAAUGUGUUUCUUUGGCAAGAAGAAAUAUGUAGCAGCUAUCAGCUGCCUGAAACGAGCCAACUAUUUGGCACCCUUUGAUUGGAAGAUUCUCUAUAAUCUGGGCCUUGUUCAUUUGACCAUGCAACAAUAUGCAUCAGCUUUCCAUUUUCUCAGUGCAGCCAUCAACUUCCAGCCAAAGAUGGGGGAACUGUACAUGCUCUUGGCUGUGGCUUUGACCAAUCUGGAAGAUACAGAGAAUGCCAAAAGAGCUUAUGACGAAGCAGUCCGCCUGGAUAAGUAUAACCCUUUAAUCAACCUGAACUAUGCUGUGCUGCUAUACAACCAGGGUGAGAAGAGGGAUGCCCUAACCCAGUAUCAGGAGAUGGAGAAGAAAGUCAACCUACUCAAGGACAGUAGCUCUCUAGAAUAUGACUCUGAGAUGGUGGAGAUGGCUCAGAAGUUGGGAGCUGCUCUCCAGGUUGGGGAGGCACUGGUCUGGACAAAAUCAGUUAAAGAUCCCAAAUCAAAACAACGGACAACUUCAACUAGCAAAGCUUCCGGUUUCCAGCAGCCUCUGGGCUCUAAUCAAGCUCUAGGACAGGCAAUGUCUUCAGCAGCUGCAUACAGCAAGCUACCCUCAGUAGGGAAGGAGCGGUCACAAAUGAAGAACUUGAGCUAG